AUGUCCGCACGACGCCAGCCGUCCACCACCUCUCUCUCGAAAUAUGCUCGCGCCAAUACUCCAGAAUUCUCAAACCGAUCCCUUGACUUCUGCAACGCCUUCUGGGGCCUCGGUGAUGGGGGCGUCGAUGUCCUCUUCGCUCGUAUGCGGGGUGCGAUGCGCACAAUGGAGGAGCUGCGAGGCUUUUGGAAGGAGAGAGCCUCCAUCGAGGAGCAGUACGCAAAGCGGCUCGCCACCCUCGCAAAGUCCACGCUUGGAAGGGAUGAGAUAGGGGAACUACGCGUAUCGCUCGACACUCUCAAGCAAGAGACCGAAAAGCAGUCCGGGUAUCAUCUCAUGGUCGCCCAACAGAUCAAGACCGAUCUUGAGGGACAGACGACUGCGUUCUGGAGCAAGCAGCAGCAGCACAAGAAGACGUUCCAGACUGCUAUUGAGAAGGAGUUCAAGACGAAGCAGACGCAAGAGUCGUACGUUAACAAGGCACGCGAGAAGUACGAGGCGGAUUGCGUGCGCAUCAACUCGUACACGGCGCAGAGCACGUUGAUGCAGGGCAAGGACCUGGAGAAGAUCCAGCUGAAGCUGGAGCGGGCUCAGCAAACUGUCCAGGCGAACGAGCGCGAUUUUGCAAACUUUGCCCGUGCACUGCAGGACACCGUACAAAAGUGGGAGAUGGACUGGAAGACGUUCUGUGACAGCUGCCAAGAUAUGGAGGAGGAGCGCAUGGAGUUCAUGAAAGACAACAUGUGGGCCUAUGCGAAUGCUGUAUCGACGGUUUGUGUUGCAGACGAUGAGUCCUGCGAGAAACUUCGGCUUGCGCUCGAGCAGGUUGAGCCCGAGCGCGACAUGGAAAACUUCGUGCGCGACUACGGAACAGGCAGUGUCAUCCCUGACCCUCCUGCAUUCAUCAACUACGCCAAUCCCGACGCCGUGCCAUCAUCCUCGCAGCCUCCGCGCACAAGACCUGCUGAUUUCGUCCGUUCGUCGCAACGCACACGCCCGGCUGCUCCGUCUCCCGCUCCUCAGGACGAAGAUCUGGAGCCUGUGACCAACAUUGCUGGAGUGGGCAUGGGCGGCGGGCGUCGUGCAGAUGCCACACCAGAUCCACAGCUCCUCAACCGGGCGCAAAGCCGGAGUCGUGCGAGUCACCGGGGUGCGCCAGAAACAGCACAGCCGAAUGGCGUUGCAGCGCGCUCGCACCAGCCCUCCAUGGGAACACGUCCUGCAGAUCCAACGGCAGACCCCAUCGACCCGACUGCGAAGACGAUGAUCAAGAUCGGCGAGAAUGCGUAUGAGGUCGAUCUCUCGCGCGACCCGCAGGCACGCCAAGGUCCCGGCCACAGCUCGCAUCAUCGGGCGAAUGGCUCGGCCAGCCCCGUAAAAGUGGGCCAGGAGGACGACCCACUGGCACGUCAGAUGGAGGAGUUGAAAAGGCAGGCGCCAGGGCGCGGUGCAAGCGUCCGGCGGAGCGCACAGUGGCCAUCACCGCAGCAAGCACCUAUCCAGAAUUCCCACUCGCCGUCGUCGAGUGUCUCGCCUACGAAGCGGGACUCUGCUGCGAACCUGUCGCCUCCGCCCGGUACGUCUGCGGACAGGGGGCGGCGGUCAUCCCGUGACUAUGGUCCGUCGGCGAACAUGGUUGUGGGCGCGGCGCCCCCCAUGGCGACGUCGCGUCCGACGUCCCCCAGCGCACCAUAUCCGAAGCAUAUGGUACCGCCGUCGCAGAGUUCGGCGGGACCCUCCGCGAACCUUCCGGUACAGGACAUACUCGCGGACUACCAGCAGUCGUUCCCAGGCGAGCGCAAGUCGAUCAGCAGACCGCCUAGCCAAGCCGGCAGCGUCUCUGGCAUCCCCGGGCACGCCCCCAGCCUGAGCCAGAGCCACAUUCAGCGUGAGCGGCCGCUGAGUAUCAGCGGUCAUGCGGGUAUCGGUGCACAGGGCCGUAGCACCAGCCCCCAGCCAUUUGCAUCUGUAUCGCGCAGCACAAGUCCUGCUGUACCACAAGCUGCCCCGCCUUCGUCUCAUCGGAACAGCUAUGUCAGGGUCCCCGCUCCGGCGCGUCCUACGAGCCCGAACAGUGUCGGCAUUGCGCUGGACCCUACCGGGCGUGUUGCAAUGGACUCCAUGGCGGAGACCUAUGCCCACCGCCAACCUCAGCCACCAUAUGGUCAGCCAGUGCAGGCGCCGCCACCGCCAGCUGUCGUGACGCAGCCCACCCGGCAACCCACGUACACUGGGCAAAACGGCUAUUCGCAACAGACAAUGCCCUCUGCCAACGCGGCGCAACCUCCAUAUGGUGCCCCCAUCUCUGCCGUCUCCGCCCCAGGCUAUGGACAAGGGUACGGCGUGCCCCCUUCGCAUCAGUCGCCCCCUUCGCAGCCAGUAUACGGCUACCAGCCCCCAUCUCAACAGCCACCACACCCCCAGCAGGUGUAUCAACCGCAGCCACAUGGCUACGCAGGCCACGCCGCCGGUAGUGUCGUGCGCGACCUACAGCGGGACGCGUCCGUGAAUGGGUCAAUGAACCAGUACUAUGGCUUGACACAGCCUCAACAACAUCAGCCGACGUAUCGUGCGCCCAGUCCUGCGCGAGCGCCGUCUCCCCAGCCGCCUCUCAACCAACCGCCUCUCAACCAACCGCCUCUCAACCAACCGCCUCUCAACCAACCGCCUCCCAAUCCCAACCAGCCGCCUCCUACUGGCCAGUACACGGAGGACGGACGAGGCGUGCUCUUCUAUGUCAAGGCCCUUUACGACUACCAAGCUACCAUCGACGAGGAGUUCGACUUCCAAUCUGGGGAUAUCAUUGCCGUCACGGCGACACCUGAGGAUGGCUGGUGGUCGGGCGAGCUGCUCGAUGAAGCCAGACGACAACCAGGCAGACACGUAUUCCCGAGCAACUUCGUCUGCUUGUUCUAA